CCGAUUACACCCGCUUACAUGAAGUAGAAGCCCUUAUUACAUCAAUUCAGCUGUGUGCGCUUUUUCCGCUUCCUCUUCUUCUUUUGUCCCAUUUUUUUCUCUAAAAACCUCACCUACAGCUUACUCUGUUCCCUGACAUUUUCCCUUAAAAUUACACUGAAAAAGCUCACAUGUUCCCCAAACUUCAUCUAUUACUCAAGUUUCGGUUCCUUGUCUUCGCAUCGAACCGCCACUUUACACGAUCAAACUCUGUUUUUCGAAUUACCGCCACCUAUUCGACGAUAUGCCCAAACCAAGUUGAAAGCCCGAAUGAAGAAGCUAUAGAGCAUCCGAGAGACUCCAUCGAGGUUUUCAAGCAAUGGGGUUGCUGUGAAAACGAUUUGUUGAAGAUCUUUUCACGCCAACCUUCUUUGCGCAACGCUCAAGCUACUCCCCUUUUAUCCAAACUCAACUUGCUGAGUAGCUUGGGACUCACCGGUUCCGACAUUGUCAAGAUGGUCAAUUGUCGUCCUCGUUUCUUUUGUUCUCGUAUCAAUAAUUGCUUCGACGAGCGGAUUGAGUUCCUCGUUAACCUGUUCGGGUCGCGAGAAAUGCUUCGUAAAGCACUUGUUAGGAACCCUUCACUCUUGACCUAUGAUUUUCACAAUACCAUGAAACCAGUCAUUGCAUUGUACGAAGAGAUUGGCAUUAGUGGACAUGAUUUGAUUGCUAUGCUCAUCUCACGUCCCACAUUGAUCCCAAGGACUUCUUUCAAUGAGGAGAAGAUGCAAUACAUAAAGAAAACAGGGGUUUUAAAAGGUUCCAAAAUGUACAAGUACGUAGUUUCACUCAUCGGAAUAUCGCGGAUGGAGACAAUACGUGAAAAGGUGACUAACUUGGAGAAAUUCGGGUGUUCGGAGGAAGAGAUUUGGAGUUUUUUGGGACGUUCUCCUCUUAUUUUGACACUCUCGGUUGAUAAGGUUCAAAGGAACAUGACAUUUGUUUUGGGAACCAUGAAGCUGUCUCCAAGAGUGGUGCUUGAGCACCCGUUUUUGUUGUUCAGCAACCUCGAAACCGUAUUGAAACCGCGGAUAUCGUUGGCUCGGAAACUAAAGGAAAUGGAGCUUUAUCCGCAGAUUAAAGGAUCGAUCACGUUGAGGGCAUUGAGGAUGACAGAAAAUCGAUUCUUGAAUGUGUUUAUUAAAUGCCAUCCACAAGAUGUGGCAAAUGAACUGUUGGAGUUCUAUAAACAUGCCAAAGGUCUCAAGCCAUUGGCCGAAUCAUCGAAAAAAAUACUGCGUAAAGGAUUUCCAUUUUGAACAUUUUCGUUUGUUUGUUUGGUGCUGUCUUCAUUUUCUUUUUGUUCAUUCAUGUCUAGGGAUAUUUCGAUUAAAUUUUCAGAUUUAUAACUUUUAUUCUCAAAGGGAUAAUGCGAGACUCAAAAAUUUGGGAUAUAAAAAGGGAUGCCUCUUCGUGUUUCAUUGGUGUUCUCUCUCUGCCUAUAUCCCUUGCACUCCCUGUGAUGAAGAGUUGAAAUUUUUGCUAUAUACGAUGGCAUAUGUAGAUUUUCAUUUUUUUUUUAUGAAGUAUGGAGGGAAUAUAGAUUGUGAAACUCUACCAUUAUUAACUUUGUAGGCUCAGUUGGCACCAUUGUUUUGGUACAACUAGAAAGAUAUGGUACAACUAGAAAAUCAUUUGGUUUUUGAAGAGCCCUUAAAAGAGCAAAUUGAUGGGCUCUAUCAAAUCUGUUGUGAUCUCAUUCUAAAUGGGGCCAACAGUAGCUACUUUCUACAAAUUUUGGAAUUUUAUGGAUCCACGCUUGGUAUGUAGCCAAGCCCAAGAAAAAAGGAACGAGGGGAAGAAUCGACAAGGAAUCCAUAACAAAAAAAAAAUUGUGAAUGAAAAAAAAAGCGUGACGAGAAUUCUCAACCCGAGAU